AGCCACACUACUGAAAGCACAGCCUCAUUCAGUGACUGCGCCACGUACUAUACGUUGUUUACCGCGCUGCCGCGUAUAUAACGUCAGCGCCCGUCAGCUGAACGCCAACCUUAAUUCCUCAAUAACAACCUCAUAUCAUCGACCUAAACCUCGAUCGCGCACCCUAAGUUCCAUCUCAUCCGCCAUUAGAAUGUCUUCCUCUGAAUCUGCGCCACAAGAACUGUCCGAGAUGAGAAAUUCUCAGUCUCUCGAGACUAAUCAGCCUAAGUCUCAGCAAUCAAUGGACCCCCAGAAGGCACCUGAGACUACAGAUCCUCAAAUGGAGCUCCGUGGAGGUGGUGCCUGCGACGGCAGACUCUGUGGCAUCAUUCCGUGCCCGAUUCCAAUCAAUUGCUGGAUCAUUCCUUGUCCUUGCUAGAAGAAUAACCUCGAUGGAGUUUUUCGGUCCUCGUUUGCGUUUUAGUUUUGCAAGAUGCUCGUCGUAUACCUAAUGCUGGAAUAAUCAAUAGUAAUGCUGUUUUUUUCACUCAUCAUCUUGACGGUUUUCAUGACGUCAUCUCCUCAAAGGAACUGGAAUAUUCCGCGAGACGCGUUACUUGGACUCGUGUAUGACGUUUUAACUCAUUGCAAAAUGCACAUGACACAUGCCCAGCAUUAGGAUCUUCUGCAACUACACAAGUUCAGUUAUAGUUCUUUGCUAACGCUAUUAAAACUAUAGCAUUCAAUCUUGGCCAAUAAUGACGUCGCCCUUGCGAGAUUUGGGUAGGACUGUUAGCUUCUCCAUCUUACCAGCCUUCACGGUCCCUUCCACUGUGGUAUUACGCGGAGCCCAGACCUUGAACCGCGCGUCCCAAGUCUUGGGCCAAGCAGCAAGCAAUCUAAUGUCGUCCCCAACA